AUGAUGCAAGGUUCGGCGGGUAUGGUCGAAGCGCCCAGCAGGGAGUUCAACCCCGCCACUGGUGGAUGGAGGGAGGUCGGCCGCACUGAAUGGCAGAAGAACCAGUCGAACCCGAACUUUGCGCAGGUGGUGCCCCUCGACUACUGGUUCGAGAAGGCCCAGAAGCUGCGCUUUGACGUGUAUGACGUCGAUAAGCCCCAUGGCUCGCUCUCCAGGCAGGACAACCUGGGAGAGGCGGUCAUCAACCUGGGCGACAUCCUCGGCAGCCCGGGUGGCGUAGCGACACGCGACCUCAAGAAUCCCGAUCAUCCGGCGCGUCGGAUUGGUGACAUCAUCGUUGCCGCGGAGGAGGUCAACUCUGAGGCGGCCAAUUCCAUCGUCACCUUUCGGUUCACCGGAUCGCACCUCGACAAGAAGGAUUUGUUUGGCAAAUCCGACCCCUGGUUGGAGAUCCACCGCAACAACAUUGAGAACGGCCAAUGGACCCUCAUCCAUAAGACCGAGGUCAUCAAGAAAACGCUAGACCCUGCGUGGUGCCCCUUUGAAUUGGACUGCUCCAAGCUGUGCCAGGGAGAUUUCAACCGCCAACUCCUCUUCAAGGUUUAUGAUUGGGACGCAGAUGGUAGCCACGACCUCAUUGGACUCGCCAACGCCACGCUGAAUGAACUGCUGCAGGGCAAGCGUCAGCUGCCGCUGAUCGAGCCCGACAAGCAGAGGAAGAAGAAGGGCUACACCAACUCAGGAGUACUCAACAUUGUCCAGCUGGACCUGCGCAAGAAUCACAGCUUCCUGGAAUAUGUCGCUGGUGGCUGCCAGCUUCGCCUCGCGAUUGCUAUCGACUUUACCGCUUCAAAUGGCGAUCCUACGAGUGCUCGCUCGCUGCAUUACCGCGAUCCCUCGGGCCAACCCAACGAGUACAUGAAGGCGAUCAUGGCUGUUGGAGAAAUUCUUGCGUCCUACGACCAGACUUCGCGCUUCCCGACCUACGGAUUUGGAGCCAAGAUUCCGCCGACCGCUACGACCUCGCAUUGCUUCCACGUCAACAUGGACCCUACCAACCCCGAGUGCGUCGGUAUCAGUAACGUGAUUGGUGCCUACACGCACUCCCUCAGCCACGUCAAACUCUCUGGACCCACCAACUUCAGUCCCAUCAUCAAGCAAGUGGCCGAACUGGCAAGGCAGACGCCCCCUCAGCAGCAGGUCUACUGGACGCUCCUCAUGAUCACUGACGGAGCCAUUUCGGACAUGGACACCACGAUGGCGGAGAUCGUCAACGCUUCCGAUCUGCCCAUUUCUUUGAGUUUGUCUGCCGCCUUCCCGCCCACAACGUUCCUGCUCCGCUUGGCGUGUGACUCACCCCACCUGAACAACCCUUAG